AUGGUCAGUCGUCAGUUAGGGCCCAUCUGCUCAAUUGACUUUGGUGUAGUUCUUGUACUGAACUCCAGAAUACCAGUUGAAAUUUUACGGCAAUUGAGUGAUAUAGAGAAUGCUACAUAUUUUCUGAACAACUUUGUUGAUACCGAGUCACUUACUGCUCAUUCUCCAACAGACAUUGGACAUGAAUUAGAGAGUAAGUAA